AUGCAACUCCGAAUUUUGUCAUCUCUUCUUUUCUUCGCCAGUCUCGUUUAUUCUGAUGAUCCAGUCCAGCCGGGGCCACAACUCAUCGACGAGACCACUCGAUGGACCAAAUGUUGGCCAACGAACAUGACCAUCUACGAUUUUAGUGUCCAAAAAUUGGAUGGAGACUAUAUUGAUCUAAAUCAAUACCGAGGAAAAGUCUUGCUGAUUGUGAAUGUCGCCACCUUUUGUGGUAAGCUUGAUUGAGAUUUUUACCUUGAUUACAAUGGUGUUUAGCCUACACUCAACAAUAUAUGGACUUCAAUCCUCUUCUUGAAUCGAAUGGUGACAAUCUGACAAUCUUGGCGUUCCCUUGCAACCAGUUUGCUCUUCAAGAGCCAGCGGAAAAUCAUGAAAUCAUGAAUGGUAACCAACUCUUUUUUAAUUGCCGAACUUUAGUCUUCAGGUAUCACUCAUGUUCGUCCCGGAAAUCGCUUCAAACCCCACAGAAACCUUCAAAUUUACGGCAAGCUUGAAGUCAACGGGAAGGAUGAGCACCCGCUCUACGAGUUCCUCAAAAGUCAUUGCCCACCAACCGUGAAUCAGAUUGGGAAACGGGAGGAAUUGAUGUACAACCCCAUCAAGGCCAACGACAUUACUUGGAACUUUGAAAAGUUCUUGGUGGACAAAGAAGGAAGGGUCAGAUUCAGAUUCCACCCAACGGCUUGGGUUCAUGGCGACGUUUUGAAACCCUAUAUUCAACAAUUGUUGACUGAGCCUAGACCCGAGAAUUAUAUUGUUAAUUAA